GAAUUCACCCGGGGCGGUCCCUGAACCAAAACCCUUUUACUUAGCUCUUACCAGAGCUAUCUGGUCAGUGGUGAAGAGUGGUUGUAGUUACCGUCGUUUCUUCUUCUGGAAGGUCUUCAAGAGGGAAGGAUUAGUAUGUCGUCUAUAAUCAGAAAGGUGAUCAGCACCACAAAAGCCCCGGCAGCCAUUGGUGCCUACAGCCAAGCUGUGCUAGUGGACAGGACCAUUUACAUUUCUGGACAGGUAGGCAUGGAUCCUUCCAGUGGACAGCUUGUGCCAGGAGGGAUAGUAGAAGAAACUAAACAAGCUCUUAAAAACUUGAGUGAGAUUCUGAAAGCUGCAGGCUGUGACUUCACUAAUGUGGUGAAGACAACUGUUUUACUGGCUGACAUAAAUGACUUUGGCACUGUCAAUGAGAUCUACAAAACAUAUUUCCAGGGUAGCCUUCCUGCCAGGGCUGCUUACCAAGUCGCUGCUUUACCCAAAGGAAGUCGAAUUGAAAUAGAAGCAGUCGCUGUCCAGGGCCCGUUCACCACAGUAUGACUAUAAGCGGCCAUGCUGAUCUUGACGCUGGAGGUUUUAGAAUGUCUUUCACUUUAAUUUUUACAAAUGAUGCUGGGAAGUAUAAACAUGACCAGAGUGGUUGAAGUUACCAUGGAAAUGGCCAUAUAUGUGGAGAUUUGACAUUAACUGGAGAUUAUUCAAUAUGGUGACUGGUGCUCUAAUUUCACUUACAUUGCUGGGUGUGAGAGAAGAGGCACACAGCUACUGAGAUGGGGGACAGGGGGGAAGAUGAGCUGUUGUUCAUGAGAAAUAGUAAAGAGCAUAUAUAAUUAAAUCAUAUUAAUUUGCUUAUGUGAAAUACUUAGUUCUUAUGUUAGAUAUAAGAAGCUAAAUUUAAAUAUUCAAACUUGAAUAGUACCACAAGAAAAAAAUGGACCAAAAUCUUAUACAGAUCAAUAUUGCUUUAAUGGAAAUAAAAAUUAGGUGUGUAACUCCC